CAGUCAUUGAAGAGCCCGCCAAUCUUCCUCUCAUCAACAACAUCGCAGCGCCUCAUUGCCUCCCUCCCAGUCCCAAUACCGGCAAUUCAACGGAAAAAAUGGACGUCCGCCCCCCUCCAACCCUCAUGAUAGCGACCGACACGGCCCAAUUCGACACGGCCCCCUGGUCAGCUGAAGGCUACACCGUUCUGCACCUCCCCUUCGCCAACGCGCGCAAAAUCGAGAACGCGACGGACGACAUCGAACCGAACACCAAAUGCGCGCUCCUCGCCUUCGGUCAAAGCGCCUUUCACGCCCUCUCCCUCGCUACGUCUUCGCUCCCGUCCCUCACGGCCGUCAUAGCCUACUACCCGCCCAUGCUGCCCUGCGCGCCCAGAGGCUUCCACCCGGGCAUCAAGAUACUCAUACACCUGCCUGCAUCCGCCUCCUUCUCGCUUUCGGAGCCGGGGGUUAGGGUUCGCGUGUAUGAGGGUGUGCAGGCGGGCUUCGCGGAGGAGGGGGAUCCGGGUGGGAGGUAUGAUAGGAUUGCCGCCGGCCUGGCCUAUUCCCGUAGUCUGGCGGCGUUGCGGGGGACGGUGGGGCCGGAGGUUGAUCUUGAGGGGAUUUGGAGCGAGCAUAUGCUCUACGAAUUCGUCGAGAAGGAUGUCGACAGGACUAUGGCUACCAUGGUUGAGGAGCCUUACGUUAACCAUGUCCCCACUUGUAAUUAUUAUUCCCCUCCUGUCCGUGUUUUUGUUAUUAUAGGGUUAAUUGAAUUUUUUUUUUUAAAGUUUUAAUUGUUUUGGUGGAUGGGAUUUAGGUACCGGAGGAAUAGGCUACAAGAAUCUCUAUCACUUCUACAAGCACCACUUCAUCCCUCUGGUCCCGCCAUCCUUGACCAUGAAAUUGGUCUCCAGGACCGUCGGCUCGGACAGGGUUGUCGAUGAGAUUGUAUUGAGGUUUCGUCACGACGCCCGCAUCGAUUGGAUGCUGCCGGGCGUCGCUCCCACGAACCGAGUUGUCGAGAUCGCUCUCGUGAGCAUCGUAUGCAUCCGCGGUGGGAAACUCUAUCAUGAGCAUAUCUACUGGUUAGUUGGUUUAGGCCUUAUCUGCUUUUCCGCCGCUGGGAGGGAUCUCGCAUUUUAACUCUGCGGCGUAGGGAUCAAGCGAGUGUCCUGGUGCAGGUGGGCUUACUGGAUGCCGAGAACUUACCCGUUGUUGGCGCGGAGGGCGCGAGGAAAGUGCUUGAGGAGGCAUCGGUCGAGAGUAAUAGAUUGAUUCCUGAGUGGGAUUUGAAGAAUUAG